AUGCCAUCAAACAUCAGCGUCUCUCUCCCAAAUCUCAUGUUCCUGAAUGUGUCGAGGAAUUCCUUUGAAGGUAGCAUUCCUUCCUUCGGUGGUAUGAGAAAGUUGCUCUUUUUGGACUUGUCUAACAACUCAUUCACGGGAGGAAUACCCGAGGACUUGGCCAUGGGUUGCCCCUCUCUGGAGUACCUUAUACUUUCAAAGAAUGAUUUGCAUGGCCAAAUGUUUCCAAGAGUUUCUAAUCUCCCCCGUUUGAGACAUUUGCACUUGGAUGGGAAUCACUUCUCUGGAAAAAUCCCAGACCUGUCCAACAGUUCUGGAUUGGAGAGAUUAGAUGUCAGUCACAACUCCAUAUCCGGUAAGCUGCCAGGGUGGAUUGGAAAUAUGUCAAAUUUGGCUGCACUAGUCAUGCCCAACAAUAGUCUUGAAGGACCCAUUCCUGUUGAAUUUUGCUCCCUUGAUGCCCUUCAACUCCUAGACCUUUCAAACAACAAUCUCUCCGGCUCCCUUCCAUCCUGCUUUAGUCCAUACUCAUUAAUUCAUGUACACUUGCAGGAAAAUCAUCUCACAGGGCCUCUGACUAAGGCUUUCACUAGAAGCAUGGAUUUGGCAACUUUAGACAUUAGAAAUAACAAUUUAUCUGGUGGCAUCCCAGAUUGGAUUUCCAUGUUCUCAGGCUUAAGCAUUCUCCUCUUGAAAGGAAACCAUUUUCAGGGAAAAAUUCCCUAUCAGUUAUGCCAAUUGUCCAAGAUAACCAUAUUGGAUCUUUCUUACAACAGUCUCUCUGGUCAUAUUCCUUCUUGCUUAAACAAAAUCCAAUUCAGGACUGGAUUUCGAUCUGGGAAAUUUUCCAUCAUAUCAUAUUUCCCAAGCCCAGGAUUCUCAUCAUAUCUGUAUCAUAGCCAGCACAUUGAAUUAUCUCAAGUAAAUGUCAACAGCUACCCCAUAGCUUAUGAUAAGGCCAUGGCCGAGUUCACGACGAAGAACAGGACCGACUUCUACAAGGGAAACUUUCUAUACUCCAUGACUGGGAUCGAUCUCUCUUCCAACAAGUUGACAGGUGCAAUACCUCCUGAAAUUGGAAACUUGAGCCAGGUUCACGCAUUGAAUCUUUCUCACAACAUCUUGACUGGGCCAAUCCCAGCAGCCUUCUCAGGCCUGAGGAGCAUAGAGAGCUUGGACCUCUCCUACAACAACCUGACUGGUACCAUCCCUGGGGAACUCACUGAGCUAACCAACUUGGCAGUUUUCAGUGUGGCUUACAACAACUUAAGUGGUAAAAUACCAGAAAUGACAGCCCAGUUUGGGACAUUCUUGGAAAACAGUUAUGUGGGAAAUCCUUAUCUUUGUGGGUCACGGUUGAGGAAAAACUGCAGCAGAGCUGAGGAAGAAGCAGAAAUUGAUGAAGGAGAAAAAGGUUUGACAGAUAGGGACAUUUUCUAUGUGAGCUUUGGGGCGUCUUAUGUAGUAGUAUUAUUGGGAGUUGCUGCUGUUCUCUACAUCAAUGGGGGUUGGAGAAAGAAAUGGUUUCAUGUCAUUGAUGUACUGAUCACAUGUUGCUGCAAUUUUGUGAUGCACCUUGUUGGUAAGUUCUCCAGUUAG